AUGGCCCUCCUCGAAACCAUCCACCUGGAGCACCUCCCCACGACCCCCAUCCACAUUUCCCUAUACCGCAAUGUCAAAAACGCACCUUUCCUGCAACAGCAACUCCUCGCUGGAAACACCGACUUCGAAUACGCAUUCAUAGAUGCCAGCGUCAUAGUCUCAAGAAUACACGUCCUCUCAGCCGCCUACCGCGCCAUAAACGCCCUGCACUCGCACCGCCUACGCAGCCGAAACGUGCAUUCGGAAAUCGUGUUCUCACUAAGCCCGAACAACAAUAUUGCAGAAUCGUUCCGGCGCUUUGGGAUUACGGCGACUACGGAGAAUUUGCUGGUUGUUAAGGUUGGGGGGGGAAGGGAAGAAGUGAAGAGGCAUUUGGAGGGUGCGGUUGAGGGAGAGGCGGUGGGGGGGAUGCUGGAUGUGGGGAAGGUUAGGAAGGUUUAUAAGUUGAAUAGCGGUGGUGGUGGGGGUAAAAAGGGAUUGGGGAAUGGGGUGGUGAAUGAGGAGGAGGAGAGGAGGGAGUUAGAGGUUUUCGUUUUGGGUGCUAUGGCGUUAAGGGGGGCGUCGAAUUAG